CUCGACCGUGACAGCAGGAUGCAGGAUGACAGCGAGGCUUGGGGUGUAAUAAUGUUCCCGGCGUGCCCCGCUCCCUGUGUGCCGAGUAUGGGACGUCUGCCUGUCCAGCUUCGCUCCACACGUCACUUCCCCCAGCUGCACACACCAUACGCAGGGUGCUUCUUCCAUAGACCGCUGCAGGUGCUGCUGCCGCCAGUGGAGGUGUAUCAGUGGUUAUGCCCUGGGUGAGGCAGCGUGGGCUAUGGCAUUAGCUGGCGGUGUAACCCGGGCACUCCGCCUCCCUGCCAGGCACGGCUAUGCUGUGAAGUUCUCUCCUUACACGCCAACCCGCCUGGCAUGUGCAGCCUCCCAAAAUUAUGGCAUAUCAGGUUGUGGAACUAUAUUUGUCCUGGAACAAAAUGAUGUUGGACUUGUUUGUUCUAAAAGCUUUGAUUGGAGCGAUGCCCUGUUUGAUGUAACAUGGAGCGAGAUCAACGAGAAUGUAUUGGUAACGUCCAGUGGAGAUGGGUCGCUGCAAUUGUGGGACAUAACAAAACCACAGGGACCUCUACUUGUAUUGAAAGAGCACACCCAAGAGGUGUACAGUGUAGACUGGAGUCCGACAAGAGGAGAACAACUGCUGGUGUCUGGAUCUUGGGAUCGUACUGCUAAACUAUGGGAUCCUUCCAUUGGAAAAUCACUGUGCACCUUUAUAGGUCAUGAAAACAUUAUUUACAACACUGUCUGGUCACCUCAUAUACCAGGCUGCUUUGCCUCUGUCUCAGGAGACCAGACGUUGAGGAUAUGGGAUGUGAAAACUCCUGUAUCUAAACUAGUCAUCCCAGCUCAUCAAGCAGAGAUUUUAAGUUGUGAUUGGUGCAAAUACGACCAGAAUCUGAUUGUGACAGGUGCAGUUGACUGCAGUCUAAAAGGCUGGGAUCUUAGGUCUAUACGGCAGCCAGUCUUUGAUCUACGUGGUCAUACCUACGCUAUUAGGCGAGUGAAAUUUUCACCCUUUCAUGCAACUGUUUUGGCAUCGUGUUCCUACGAUUUCACAGUCAGAUUAUGGGAUUUUACCAAAUCUUCAUCGCUGCUUGAAACUGUGGAGCAUCAUACAGAGUUUACUUGUGGACUUGACUUCAGCCUUCUCAUUCCGGGACAGGUAGCAGACUGUGCGUGGGAUGAAACUGUGAAAGUAUAUGCUCCAUCUUGCCUUUCAAUACCUCAGUCCUAACCUAUUUACCAAUGAGGAAUGAAAAACUCUGCGGCCAAAAUUGAUCAUUUAAAUAUGACUUUUUUUUUCUACUAUUCAUUUUUUUUAUGUGUGAUUUGUUUAACUAUUACUUUUUAUCUUCGGAUGCAGCUAAAUCUUCAUUGCAGCCUAAUUCUAUAAUGCCUUGCACUGUUUGGAAAACGAAAAACUUAUUGCAUUAUACUGUAUAAAAUGUUCCUUAUUCUAUUGAGAAAUAUAUACAGUAGGAUUGUUGGGUGUGGAUUAUUAGAUCUACACUAAAAAGGUCUAGAGUCAAUAGGUCUACCACUAAUGGUAGACAUGCAUUAGGUCAACAGGGUCAAAAGGGCGACAUAGAAUAGGUAAACCGUAGGAAAUGCUGACAGGGUCAAAAGGUCGACAUGGAAGUGGUCGACACAAAAAAGGUAGAUGCAGUAUUUUUUGUUAUUGAGGGGGGAGGUGUUUUGUCACCUUUCUGCCACAAACAAGCUCCACGUGGCCACGCAUGGCUCGCGAGCUUCGGACAAGGUUACUAUUCCCAAUCGUAGUCCACGUGGAUGGUAAAUUAUUAUAAAGUUUUUUGUACAUUUUUUUUUUUUUUAUUAAAAAAACUCAUGUCAUGUCGACCCAAUGCAUGUCUACCAUUAGUGGUAGACCUAUUGACUGUAGACCUUUUUAGUGUAGUCUGGAUACCGAUUGUGGGGGGAGUAUUUUUUUCUUAGCAUGCAGUACUUCAUACUUGCACUUCCAUUUGUAUUAUGCAGCUUUAACUCAGACCUGAGCGACCUAUCGCUUACAGCCAUCUGGCAAAGCAUGCUGGGGCUUGUAGUUUUACAACAACUGUAGAAUCACUGCCUGUCCAGGCCUUCUCAGACUGAAUACUGUAGGAAGGAAUUUACUAUAUUAGCAAGGACUAAUUGUCUGUCCACAUAGUGAGAGCAUUUUUUAUUUGUGAAUGUUGCAUUUUAUUCAAUAGCUUUUCCGUUUACGGUUCAAGAUUUAGACCUCAUCUAGCAUAGGCAUGUAUAAUUGAUAUUCAUUUAUUCUAACACACAUUUUCUUUUAGGCCCAAUUCUCUACAAUUUUAAUAAUCUGAUCCGCAGAAUAACAUUCUAAAUUAAUUAAGGACUUCACAGUAAAAGGGUGUUUCUGGUCUCACACUUAAUUGUAAAUGCAAAUAAAUUGAAUGUUCUGUGUCUCUGCAAAUUUGUAAUCAUAAUGUUUUGUGGGCGGGAGUGUAAUGCGAUGAUGGACAGAUAAUGUCAUUCAUGUAAUAAGCUUUUCCUCCUGACCUUUUUAUUCUGCGCUAAUGUAAAAGCGAAUAAAAAGAGAGUGACACACUUCUGGGAGAUCUGUAUUAAUAUUUUUUUCAUUAUCUUAAUGUAUUUCUGAACAACAUAGUGACAAGAGGAUUUUCGUCUCUUCAUGAUUAGGCUAAUUUUGUAUGUUUUGGAAAUGCUAUAGUUUCACUUGAAAUAACAUUUUUAUUGUUAAGUUGAUCAAAGCCAAAUUGCUAAUGUCUUUUUUGGACAGGAUAUACAUUUGGUCACAUAGUGAUUAAAUAUAUUUUAGAUUAUGGCAAUUAUAUUGGCAAUCUUGGGCACAAAUAUUUUUUUUAACAAUGAUAAAAACUAUCCCCCUUCCCCCCAACUACUUUUACAUAAUUAGUAAAACGUUAUAUAUAUAUACCCCCAAAUCUUAACCAGUAAGAUCUUUUUUUGCAGUUGUAGGAUCACAGUGUCACAAAUAAUUACAGACCUCUCAUGGCUAUAUAUUUUUUGAGUUCCAUUUUUAAAAUUUUAUGCACUUUUUUUAGUUUGAUUGAUAUGCACUGUUUUAGUUUGAUUUUUUUUUUUUUGAGUGCAGUACUUAGUAAGCAAUCUUUAUCGAGAACCCAUUGAGUAUGCCAGGAAGAAAUGGUGAAAUGUACUUCUGCACUACAUGCAGAUGAUUUUAUUUUCUCUCCCAUUCUAUUUGUGCAGUAAGUGUACCGUUCCUAAUUCUCUAUACAGGUAUAACAUAACAUCACUUAUAACAGUCUACCUUUGAUGACAUCAUACUGUCAGCAUACCUGUCAAAAUGAAAAGCAUUGGGUGACACCUCUGGGAUAGCGUAUCUGAGACUGACUGAUGCUUCGGUGAUAAGUCAGAUUAUGUUUAGAUAAGCAGGUUAUUUUCUUUUUAAAUGUAUGAGAUGUUCUUAUAUGUUUAAUAAAUUGUAUCUGUGUGUGAA